ACUUGAUAUUAGCUGCGGCUUACCGUUCACCAGCUCUUUUUAUAUACCUAGACAUAGAGCGCGAGACUCAAUCUCAGCAAAUUGCCACCUGUUUCCCCGAGCUCCGCAUUUCAAAACGAAACUAUGUCACCGAAAGGCUCAUAUAGGAAAUAGCACCUUCCGCGUGUGUUGAAGCAAGCCGGCUUGGCUCUUCAGCCCACGGGUCCUUGACAUUGCUAUGCCGUCGCGCGCGGCCGGCACCACGCCGACGCCGGCGGGGGAUGAGAGCGCUACGGGCCUGAGCCGCUGCCGGGUGGUGUCUCGCGAGGACCACACGCCGCCCGGCUUCAAGUGGCUCGGGCUGCAUCGCCUGCAGUAUGAAGACCCCAGCGGCAGGCGCUUCACCUGGGAGACGGUGGAGCGGAGCACACGCACACCAGCACCCACAUGCACACCCACACCAGCGCAGCAGCUGCAGUCAGGCGGGGCCCCGCAGGGUGCAGGGGCCGGACAGCCGCCGCCGCCCUGUGACGGAGUGGCCAUCCUGGCCAAGGUGACAUCCUCAUCUUCAUCUGCACCCACGACGUCCGUGGCGGUGGUGCCUGUGGUGGUGCAGUACCGGCCGCCUCUGGACGGGCUGGUCAUAGAGCUGCCGGCGGGGCUGAUUGAGGCGGGGCAGACCGCGCAGCAGACGGCGGAGCGGGAGCUGCUGGAGGAGACAGGCUACACGGGCCGGGUGGUGUCGAUGUCAUCGCCGCUGGCGGAGAGCGCUGGGCUCACAAACUGCUGCUGCAAGCUUGCGGUGGUGGAGGUGGACGCCCGCCACCCCGCCAACGCCGCCGCCACCCCCCAGCCCGAGGCCGCCGCCGGCGAGGUGCUGACGCGGCACCUGCUGCCGUACGACCAACUGCUGCCAGCGCUGCUGGAGCUACGGCAACAAUACGACACGUAUAGCUGCAGUAGUACGGCCGGCACAUGCGGCGGUACGGGCGGUAUGGGCGGCGGCGCUCACGAGCAGGGCAGUCGCGGCGGCGGCGGCAGCAGCAGCACUGCUCGUGUAGGGGUUGCGGGCAAGGGGGCGGCUACAGGCAGCAGGGGCAUGCGCUGCACCAUUGACUCGCGCCUGUACGCACUGGCGCUGGGGCUGCAGCUGGGCCGGGAGGCGGCACUGGCGGAGGUGGGAGGUGGCGCAGCAGCACCAGGCACAGCAGCAGCAGCAGCAGGCACAGCGGCAGCAGGGUCGGGCAAACACACGCGUGCGGGCACGCAGGCAGGCGUUGAGGGCCCGGCCGCGCAGCCCAGCGGCGCCCCAGCUGCUGCCGGCUCCGCGACUGUAGCUGGCACCGGGACAGACGCUGCUGCUGUGGACGGCGAUGGCCCCUGUGGCAGCCGCACUAACCCGGCCACUGACCCAGCCACUGGCGGCGGCCCCGGCGGCGGCGGGCACAGUGGCGGCGGCUCUCCCGGCGGGGCGGCUGGGUCGGACUGGCGGCAGGCCUUCCUGGAGCAGCUGGAGGGGCUGAGCGACCACGAGAUCCAGGCCAUACUGGCCGACAGCGAUCCGGAUCUGGAUCCAGACCAGGACCCAGGUGGAUCCAGUGCCGCGGCUCUUAUGGAUCCAGAUCACGAUCUACAAUGCAGCGGCCAGCUUGCCGCUUGGCCGGCGGGCGCCGUGGCGGCUGGCGGCGGCGCCACACACAUGCAGACACAUGCUGGGGACAUGGAUCUGGAACUCGACCUGCUGGGGCUUCGGAACCUGCCGCCGCCCCACCUGGGCUCGGAUCUGGAUCCGGACUUCGAGCACGCGCAGUGCGAUGAUGACCGCGCCUACCCCCACGGCGGCGCUAGCAACGCCGGCGCCGCCGGCGCCGCCGCCGCCGCAGGCGCCGCUGCCUCGGUGCUGGUGACUGCUGCGAUCUCUCGUGACGGCGCGGGCGGCCUGGUGGGCGUGGUGCAGUACGGCGACCUGGGCGACCUGCUGGCUAGCGGCCGCCGCGGCCGCCGAGCCGCCAGCACCAUCUGCACCAGCACCAUCACCGGUCAGCAUGGGGCCGCCGGAGGCAGCGGCGAUAACGGCAGCUGUGGCGGUACUGGUGACGGUGACGGUGGCGGUGGCGGUGGUGGUGGUGCGGUCGGGGCCGCGGCGGUCGGUAAAGCCACUGCCUUGACCUCUGGCUCGCCUCCCGUGAUUGCGGGUGCAGCUGUGGGCACGCCGGCGUUGGGGCGGAUGGCGCCAGCCCUGCAAGCGGGCACACCCACGGCCCCCACGGCAAUGACAGCGACUGCUGCGGCCACAGCUGCGGGGUCGCUGCAGGUCACUCCCGCCUUUGCGCUGCCGGCGGCGCUGCUGGCGAGGAUGGCAGGCGGCGGCGGCGGUGGCGGCCGCGGCGGCGGUGGCGGGGGCGGUGGCGGGGGCGGUGGCAGCGGCGGUGGCCGAGAGGUGGCGGCGGGCGGGCGGCGGGACAGCGGCGCAGCGGCGUCCACGUCGGCGCCUGGACCUGCCGCCGCCGCUGGCGCUGCUGGUGCUGCUACCUUGGCGGGCGGGGGGUGGCGGCAACGGCGGCCAGCAAACAGUGAGGGCCUGGCUGGCACUGAGGCGGACGGCCCACGGCCUCCUGAUAGCACGCAGCAGGACCGACCCAGGGGCCACCACAGCCGCCGCAACUACGGCAGGGACAACCGGGAAGGUGGCGGCGGCUACGACCACGGCGGCGGUGGUGGCGGCAGCGGCGGCGGCGGUGGCGGUAAUGGCGGCGGCCCUGGAGGCAGUGGCGGCGGAGGCAGCCACCCGCACGGCGCAGCCGCAGCCAGCGGCGGCAUAGCCGGAGGCGGCGGCGGAGCCGGAGGCGGCGGCGGAGCCGGAGGCGGCGGCGGAGCCGGAGGCGGCGGCGGAGCUGGAGGCGGCGGCGGAGCCGGAGGCGGCGGCGGAGCUGGAGGCGAGGGCGCAGAGGGGCAGGCCGAGGGGCAGGGGCAGGGCGCCCGCAGGAACCGGCGGCCGCACCGCCGCCCCCUCUUCUUCAAGCCCAAGCCCCGCGCCCCCUCCACGGUGGGCGGCGGCAGCAAGCUCAAGGGCUUCGCAGCCCACGCGGUGGGGCGGCCGGAGCGCGACGCCAACGGCGGCUGGCGGCGGCCGCCGCCGCCACCCGGCGGGAAGCACAACAACACGUCGCUGCUGGGGCUGCAGGAGGCCUCGGCGGCGGUGGCGGCGCUGUGCGACGGCGGCGCGUGGGCGGCCUGGGCGCGGGCGGAGCCGGCGGCGGCGGCGGGAUGCGGCGGGGUGCUGGCGGCGGGCGCGCUGGCGGCGGCGGCGCUGGCGGCGCGGGCAUACUGGUCGGGUGGCGGCGGCGGUGGGCGGGCGGGUUAGUGUCAAGGGGUAAAGUUGAAACGGCGGGUUAGCCGCGGCGCCAGGUGGCAUGGCGUCAAGCAAGCGGUAGCAUCGGAGGAUGUUUCACUAGCACUCCGUAGAGCCCUCUGGCCAGCUGAAAGUUAUGAGAACAGAUAAUGAUCUGUCGGG